GUACGUUGCGUGAGUCGUAUGUACUUGUGUUUAUACUACAUUGCUCGCGAGUCGCGAAACUUUUUUAGCGAAACUUUAAAAAUAUACUCAUUAGAACUAUACUGGAUUUGUAGUGAAGUGCAGGAACGGAAGUAUUUGGUUUUGGAACAUUGUUUGUUUGUGAUAAAGUUAAACUUGUAGUGUGUGUGCUUGUGGUCACAGGUGUCGCAUUCCUUGAGGGACGCCGACGCAGCCUCCGAUACGGUGGGCAGGUGAACGGAUAGUCAAUUUUAAUAUUCAAAAUGGUGGUGCGGUAAUGAGAUCGAACAUACAACAACAACUUCUAGAUGGGAAAGCUGGAAAAGAUAAUUUAGUAAUGCGAAUACUUUGGACUUGGAAUUGCUGCUGAGAUGGCGCGGUGGAGCGCGCUGAUCCAGCAUGGACAAUCACCCAUUUGGCUCAUCGUGCUGUGCCUACUGCAUGCUGCGAGAGGGACACCUGGUCCAUGUGAAGUGGAAACCGGGCAGUCGAGUAUUAUCGUCGAUAUUGAGGAGAGUAGAGGAGAUCAAGUCAACCAAAGCACAAUACCAUCAGAACUACCAAUAGUCGGCGACCCAGAUGUAGAUGUAGUGCUUUCCACCGUUUUUCCCAAAGGUCCGACUCUAUUCCAGCUUGAUGGCAAGCGAUUGCAGCUGUUACAGCCACUGGACAGAGAUGCAGACAAUCUAUCACAUAUGGUCUUUCAGUUGGUGUGCCAAGUGAAAGCGACGAAGAAACGACGGACCAUACCAGUUAUAGUGAGAGUCUCUGAUAUCAAUGAUAACGCACCUGUGUUUCAAGGAGUACCGUAUGAAACUAGCGUGUCGGAGCUCGUAUCCAUAGGUACAACGAUAUUCGACCGCAUACGAGCCGUGGACCCCGACGCCGGUGUCAAUGGCUUGGCCGAAUACUUCAUCGUACCAGGGGACAACGCGACCCUGGAGGCUGCAAAUGCAGCGGAUGGUUAUGGCCAUUUCGCUAUACCACUGCCUCAUCAGGGUCAAGUCACGGUUAAUAGGAGUUUGGAUUAUGAGCGCACGCAGCGGUAUCUAGUCACUAUUGUUGCUUCUGAUCGUGCACGCGAUACCAAACAACGUCUAUCCAGUACAGCUACAUUAACCGUGAAUGUUCAAGAUGAUGACGAUCAAGACCCAUCAUUCAUAUACCAGGGGUGCACAUUGCACGAAGGUGUUUGCAUUAAUCCUGAAUAUUCUAGCUAUGUAAACAGCGGAAUUCUCGCCGGAAUCUUAACGAUAGAGCCAGAGAAAAUCCAAGCUGUCGACAUGGAUACACUGGAUGCUAGGAUUCACUACAGCAUCGAGAGUGGGGAGCCGGAUUCUUGGGCCACAUAUUUCGCAAUAGACCACAACACUGGCGCUGUGAGACAAUUAAUGCCAGUUGAUACAAGUAUCGCCAAGAAAUUCAAUUUAGUCAUUAAGGCAGAAGAAGUGACAGAAGCGAAGAGAUUCACAACAGCCAAGCUCACGAUUACUGUACGGCCAGUAGACGCCAGCCCACCCGUGGUGCAGGCGUCAUCAGAGGAAGGUCAGAUUGAGGAGAACUCUCCGAAGGGUACCAAGGUUGUGGAUGCUAACGGAACUCCAAUAAGACUCAGCGUUACUGAUCCUGAUCUGGGCCCUGGCGAUCCAGUACCAAAAUAUAGUUAUGAAUUGACUACAAACUUCUUCGAUAUCGAUAAAGACGGAUAUCUUACUGCUAGUGAUGAGACACUAGAUCGCGAUCAACCGAACCGUGGGAAGUUUAGAUUCCAGGUGGUGGCUAGGGAAGCAAACGGCGGUGCUGCAUCAGCACCUCUCUCGUUAGCCGUGCAACUUCUGGACCAAAAUGACAACGCGCCCGUCAUUCCGAAGACUCAACCGAUCAUAGUGCCAGCAAGCUUAGAACCUACAGCUGUACAUAAGGUGGAAGCGAUAGACAUCGAUGAGGGUGAGAACGCACGAAUAACAUACAGCAUUUACCACAUUUCUAAUAAUGGUGGCAAUAAAUUCACUAUAGACCCUAACACCGGAGUUAUAUCGAGCACUGGCCGAUUGCAAGCUGGUGAACAAUAUAGCGUUACCGUCCGAGCGAUGGAUGCUAAAGGAUUAAGUUCUCAAGGCAUUGUAGAACUAUCAGUAGCACCCGGUCCCAAUACACGACCACCACAAUUCUCUUCAAGGGACUAUUACGCGCCAGUAUCCGAAGGCGCCUCUAUAAACUCAACGGUCACUACCGUCACUGCCAAAGAUCCGGAAAACGAACCAGUUACAUAUUCGAUUGUAUCUGGUAACGAUCUGCGACAAUUUGCUAUUGGUGCUAAUACCGGCAUCAUCACAGUCAUAAGAAGAUUAGACAGAGAAGUUCUUACGAGAUAUCAACUGAUGGUAAGAGCUGAAGAUCCAGGCAAAUUGUCGAGCACAGCAACCGUCAACAUCAAGGUUACUGAUAUCAAUGACAACAAUCCAAAAUUCGAUGAAGAUUCUUAUUUGUUCCACGUGAAAGAAGGAUUAUCUGGCGAGGUUGUGGGCUAUGUCCAUGCAACUGAUAGUGAUGAAGGCAUCAAUGCUAUGAUCACGUACAGCAUCCCAUCCCAUUUGCCAUUCAAUAUAGAUAAUGGUACUGGAAUGAUCACUACUAACACGGCGUUGGAUUAUGAACACACAAAAGAGUACGCGUUCGUGGUAACGGCAACAGAUGGUGCGAUCGACAAGCGUUUGGGCACUGCGUCUGUGGCAGUGCAAGUGCAGGAUGUUCCCGACGAACCGCCUGUAUUCCCUCAGGAACAUUACUCCGUUCACGUGCCAGAAAAUGCAGCUAAUUACCCCGUUGCUAAAGUUUAUGCAGAAGAUCCUGACACACUAUCAGAAAUAACCUAUACCAUAAUGCUCGGCGAUACAGAUCUGUUCACAAUAGACCGCAAAUCUGGGAUGAUAAGAACAGCACUACCUCUAGAUAGGGAGACGAUGGCGCGACACGAAAUAAUAGUAGGCACUGAAGAGAAUUCGGGAGAAGGUCCCGGUGCUACAACCAUUGUCGAGGUGCUUGUAGAUGACAAGAACGAUAAUUCACCGAUUUUCACGUCAGUGGUCCGCCCUGUAACCGUGGAGGACUCCUCAUCUAUCGGCACCCUCGUUCAAACAGUAUCAGCUGUAGAUUCCGACGCUACCGCCCCCAAUAACAGGGUGCGAUAUAAGUUGGUUGGUAGAGGGAAGGCAUCCAAAUAUUUCCACGUAGAACCUGACACUGGAGCUCUCAGAGUUAGAGAUGACUUGAGAAAGGAGACCGAUAGCGAAUAUACUGUCGACGUACAAGCUUACGACCAAGGAGAGCCUGUAAUGUCAUCAGUUGCCAGCCUUACCAUCUACGUGAGCCAUUCAGCUACUGUACCACCAGAUGUUGGCCUCGGUUUUGCUGACACAGUAUACACUGAACAUGUAGCAGAGAACUCACCGAAUGGUACAUUAGUGAGGAUACUGCCUGUUUUGAACAAGAAACAGCAUUCUAUGGAUACUCCACUAAAGUGUAUACUCACUGAGACGUCGCAAAAAGGCGUUUUUUACGUGAAUCUAACGCUAGAAAGAGACUGCGCUAUCUACCUCAAUACAAGUUCCUUAGACUAUGAAAGUCUUUCAGAGUAUUCAUUAGAAAUCCAGCUAGAGUCCAUACAGGGUCUAAUAAACCCCGAGAGCAGUAAGGCCGUUGUAAAGGUUCACGUAACUGACGCGAAUGACAACGCACCUAUGUUUAUAUUCCCGGAUCAGUCUACAAUAACAGCGGCGAAGGGGAAAUACUUCGCUAUUGUUACCAAAGAUAUGUUAUUGGGAACCAAUGUUUUGCAAGUUAAGGCUAAAGAUAAAGACAGCGGUGAAUAUGGAAAACUAGAAUAUCACAAGAAUUCCUGGACUAAAGCGGCUGAGGAGUACUUCAGUCUGGACGCUGAUACAGGUGUAAUUAGUAACAUCAAAUCAUUCGAGAAUGUUCCAAAAGACGUCCUACCAUUCAAGUUUAGUGUGACAGCUCGUGACAACCCCGAUUCACCACAAGAUUAUAAUAUUGCGAGAGCUUCUGUUGUGAUUAACCUCCUUCAAAAAGAGAACCAGUUAGUCGUCGAAGUAUCAGACUUGAAUCCUGACGCCAUGCGCCGACGAUCGCGUAGUUUGCUGACUGCUAUUGAAGAAAAGAGCGGCCUUGUUGCCGGACUAGAACAGUUGACAGAGAGACAUUAUUUAGGAGAAAACGGCACAUUGGAGAGUGACGCGAAGGGUACUGAUGUAUGGUUGUACCUUGUAGAUCCUAGUACUGGAGAGAUAUUGAUGAGAGAAUCAAAACCUGUUAAGAGGGCAAUCGAGAAUGGAGUUCGUAAAGCGGUAGCGGCUCGUCUCCAAGCUCCAGUAAGCGAGGUUCGACCGCCGCUCAUUCCUACCGAACAACCACGGCGACCCCAUAUAGCGGUCGCGCCGCUUGCUACAGCGCUUCCAGCAGCUUUAAUAGCGUUGGCUGCGCUCGUACUGGUCGCUGCCACUGCUGCGACUAUAUACAUUUGUGCGUCGUGGAAUAGGUAUAAGAAACAUAAGGAGCAAGCGAUACAGCAGUAUGGUACUCUUAGUAUGAGUAUGGCGCCGCCACGGCCGCCUUCUGGAUACGAAUCGAGUGAAGAUGAACCCGCACCGAGAUACGAAACUCAGGUUCUGAACAUGGCUGUCGAUGACGCUGACCUGCAACUAGAUUUUAGCGCUAACAAUCACGCUUUUAAUAUACACAGUGUGCAAUAUUUAUCUAAAGACAAUGGCGAAAGAAGCCCGACAUUAUCAGAAACGGCUACCACCGCCCGCGCGUCAAGCGUCAAUGAGAACGGCGGUACAUUGAAUAACAGUAACUUCGACUCGAUUGCUAACAAUGCCACCAUUGCUCGCAAUACACAAACACUGAACCGGCGAGUGCCAAAUAAUCACGCACUGAAUAACGCACUCGGGACGUUACCGCGAGUGAACAACAACAACGUGGGUGGCGGAUUACUGGCCGCUACUCUCGGCAGGAAAAUAAAUGGUGGUAACAAUCAUAAAAAGAAAUCUACGCAGCCCAUAAUGGCGUAUGAUGAAAUACCUGGAUUGCAAAGAGCUAUGGAUAAUGAUAAUGUCACUUUUGGCAAAAGAAACUUUAGCGGCUAUACUUACGACCAAUCACCGGUGGAAACCACGACUGAACUAUAGUAAUAAAUGUAAUCUUUUAAUUAUUCGAAUGUGACAUUAUCUCUUUCCCUCUUUAAUAGUUUUUCAGAGUGCGAAUGAGAUAGAGAUAGAGAUGCAAGAUUUUUUCGUUUGGCAUCGAAUUAUUUUUAAUACCAUUUAACUGCGUGAAUGUAAAGUGAAUUUAAUACAGAGAAGUGAUGAAUGAAAACUUUUUUGUGAUAUGAUGAUAUUCGUCCAUGAACAAUGAAUAUAAUGAAGUAUAUUAUAAUAUAGCAUAAUAUAUUGUGUUCAACGAAUUUUUAGAUAAUACUUUUGUACGUAACUGUAUGUACUUAGCAAAGGCUAGUCUUUUGUAUAAUGAAAUAUUGUGCAUAAUACAAAUAUAAAUUAAAUGUGUGUAAAUAAUAAAGGCAUUAAAUGUUUGAUAUAUUUAGGUACCUGAACCGUAAACCAGGUACAAAUCUUUGUAAAAAUAUUAAUUUACAAGCGGUGUAUAUCUAAUGCAUGUAAUUCUUGAGAAAAGCGUUUUGUAAUUUACCACGGGAACUGAUGGUUUUAAGGUAAGAUUAAGGAUAUACUCCUUAUUCCAAGGUUAUGCGUAGAUGGAGAAAUUUACCUACGGUAUUCUUUGUCUAUGUUUGUAAGGCAUUCCAUUUUUUUACUUUUUUUAUAUUUUUGUAUGAAUUUUGUGCCAGUUACUGUUAAAAUGUUAAUAGGUGUACAAUUAUGGGCUUUUAAGGAAGCUAUAAAUAAAAUGCUCAUUUCGUAAUCUGGUUUCACUAAAACGUUUGUGCCAAAAGAUUGUGAAUAUUUUUUUUAAUAUCAUGUAUUUAUUCGUGUGCACUGGAAAGUGUUACCUAUGAUAAAUAAUAAUUGAUCUGUAUAAUAAUUGUAAAUUUUAUAUUUUUUUAAAUAAAUUGUGAACUUUUUACAUAGGUACUGUAUUAUAAUUUUCUGAUAUAAAUUGUUAAUACUUUUG